AGUCAAUAUGCCAAUUCUCCCAACGGAACAAGAAGUUUCUUAUAUGAUAGCACAUUCUGGUGAUACCUUAGUGGCCAACGGAAUUGCAUGCGCUUCAAUCUGUGGUAUUUUCUCUAUUGCCUUCAUCUGGUUGCGCUUCUAUUCUCAAUGGCAUGUUCAACGUCGGCACUCGCUCACACUGAGCGACAUAUUCAUCGUGUUGGCCUGGAUCUUCUUCGCCUCUUUUGAUAUUGGUGCAGCAGCGACAACUCGCUAUGGAGGUGGGCGUCAUGCUAUCUUCAUCACAAAUCCACGUUUGAUCCAAAUUUUGUUCAUAUUGGACGAGAAUACAUAUUGUUACGCUAUGGCGUUUAUCAAGCUUAGCAUCCUAAGCUUGUACGCUAAUAUAUUCCCUUCCAGACGAUUCCGUUACUUCCUAUGGGCAGUCGCGGUUUUCGUUAUCGCCUGGGCUCUGUCCAUCGCAAACGUUGCCAUUUUCCAGUGUAGACCAAUUGCUUACGGAUGGGACCCUACUAUAGAGGGUUCCUGCCUCAAUUAUGGUUUGGUCGUGCUUGUCUCAGGUAUUAUCAACAUCAUUACGGACUUCACCAUCCUGUGCAUGCCUAUCCCAUUGAUCUGGAGACUCCACGCGACCAGACAGAAGAAGGUGGAAUUGAGCAUUAUAUUUGCAUUGGGCGGUAGUGCGUGUAUUGUCAGCAUCAUUCGACUACCAUUUGCUCUUAGAGUUGGAUCGACUUCUGAUGGAAGCUGGGAUAAUAUGCCAGCUGGAAUGAUCUCCAUCGUCGAACUCAUGACUGGCAUACUAGUUGCCUGUGUACCGACGUAUCGUCCUCUUUACAAGCAGUUAUUUCACCAUUCGGCCUCCACUACAUAUGGGUCGACGAGCAACUGGAGCUUUAGCCUCAAAAGGAGGAAGGAAGCUCACGACUUUGGCGAGGAUUGUUCUCGCCAUGUCAACAUCUCGGCUGACCAGUUUUUGGGCGACCCUAGACCAGGUAUCAAUGUGACAAACCAGAUUGAGUUGGUCGUACAUACAAACAGGGGGGGCAAUUGGGUCAGAGUCCCCGAUGAAUGA